AUGUCAGGGGCUCCUCUCCGUGUUGGUUUCGCGUCUCAAAUACGCAGCUGUGCCGUCGAUCUCCAAUGUUGGAAUCCCUUAUUUGGAGGGGUCCAAGGGGGCGUUUGGCCGGCAGGGGUGGCAGGGGGAAUGGAGGGGCGAAGUGUGGUGUUUCGCGCUUCAGGUUUGUGUUGGAAAAGUAAUAAAGAGAGACCGAUGGCAGACUCGGACUGA